AUGGCGCCGGCGGGGCCGACUUGCAUAGCGAGGAUGGAGCGCUUGCCUGUCUUCCAACGCGCCGCAACUACUGUCAACGCAGACGCACAUACACGUCAUCACGCCAAUACCUCCCCCUCUUCCCUCUUCCCUCGGCCUCGCUCGCCCGACUCAGGCAACGGUGGCGGCGCCGCUCCACCACGCGAGCAUUCAGUUGCACAAAGGAAAAUAGGUCCGACAGGCACGCCCCUGACCGCCACAAUUCUCGCUCUCCUCGAUCGACCGCCAGCAAGCUCGCCGUUAAAAGCCGGGCUCGUCGUCGAUGGCUUCAUCCACCCAGCCGCCUCAUCCAUGCUCUCCUCGGUCCUCAUCCCGCUUUUGUUCGCGGCCCACGUCAGCGCCGGCUUCCUUGUCGCCGACCCCGCCCCGCCGGCGCCGGCACCCUCGCCGGCGUUCGUGACGUACUACCGCCCGCGCGUGCACUGUCCCGCGGGGCUCGCCGUCGCCGCGGACGACGUCCAGGCCAUCGACAUCGCCGAUCGAACUGUUGGGAGGGUUGUUUGCACCGGCCGGAGGCGCACCGACAUUGACGCGGAGCAGAUCAGCUGCGCGUUCCGUAACUCUGACGGCGCGCUGCUCCCGAGUAUUUCGCACAGCAAGUGUGCUGGGCUAGUCGCCGAGGAGGGCACCCUGUGUCUUCCUCUGUGCGACGAAGAACAAGGACGGCGUCCCGCUGGCGCGAAUGGCGCUGACGCGUGGCGGCGACACGGCGUGCUACUACUACAACGAGUGGUGUACCUACUCCAUCCCGACGGCGGCAGCCGGUGUCCGGCGCGGGCGGGGACGUCAUGCAUCCUCGGCCGGCGGCAGUACCACGGGGAGGACAACUUCACGGCAAUGCUCCGCAAGAAGGCCGAGGAGGAGGAGCUGCGGGGCCGCACCCGCGCCGCAAGCCGGGUGGUGCCCGAGGCGCUGCGCCGCCGGUUCGCUGAGCCCGAGGAGGAUGCUUAG